UGCACAUGCACCUUCCAAUUGGUGUUGCAUGCUCAACCGCUAGUUGCUACUCGUCACUGCUCCUUGUCAGCAUCUCAACUGAACGGCCUCCUCCGUAGCCUCUUCUGCAAAUACGAUGGUUCCUGCAUAAUUAUUGUUGUAAUAUGGGGUAGCGACUCGGAAAAAGUCGAGUCUGCAGUUGCGACUAGUCGCGACUCGCGACUCGAGUCGACACUAAGUUGAGUCGACAUUUUUUUGCAACUCAUCGACUAGUCGCGCAACUCGAAAACCAUGGUUGUAAUAAAAUCUAGCUAUUGCUCUCAUUAAAUAGCGCAUUAGGCAAUUUCCGUUUUUGGCACGUGCCGAUGGAACCGCGCCUAAAGCCAUCGAAGAGCUUAAAUCUGCCGUUCAAUGUCACCUUCUAUCAGAGCAUUGUCGGCAGCCUCCACUACUUGGUUCACACUCGCCCGGGCAUCAGCUUUGCCGUCGGCAUGGUGAGCCACUUCAUGGCGGCGCCCACAAGAGAGCACAUGAGCGCCGUCAAGCACAGGUACAUUGCGGGCACGCUCCACUACGGCUGCAGCUACAGCAGGAAAUCCGGCGACAGGGGACUCGUCGGCUACAGCGAUGCUGACAUGGCUGGCGACAUCGACAACCGGAAGAGCACCUCAGUCACACUGCUCUUCUUCGGCUAUUGCCCAGUGUCUUGGCAAUAUCGGAAGCAGAAGGUCAUCUCGCUGUUCUCCUGCGAGUGUACAUCGCUGCCGCCACAGUGGCAUGCCAGGGCAUAUGGCUUGGGCAGCUCCUCGGCGAUCUCCACGGGACAGAUCCUCUCAUCGCCAGCCUGAACAACAAAUCUUCGAUUCAGUUCUGCAACUUCAUCAAAAGGCUGCAUUGAGGAUGGAAAGGUUGCCGUCAACUUCAUCGGCAUCUGCGAUCAGGCUCGCGGACAUAUUCACCAAGGCACUUGGGCGUGUCCGGCUCGAGGUACUUCGGGAAAAGAUCAGCGUCAUGCAGGUGAAAUAAUUGAGCAACAACUAGCUUAGGAGGAGUUUCUUGUAAUAAUCUAGACAUUUGUGGUGUAUACUACAGCUUGUGUUUUCUUUUUUAGGACUUGUUGAGCUGUGCCCUCAGUAGAACCCUCUUGUACUCUCUCUGUGUUCGUCUGUACCGUACCUUCAUGUGUGUGUGUGCGCGUGCAUUGUG